AUGGAUGGACGCCUCUGGAUGCAAAUGAAAGCUGCAUUCAAUGACGACCCAGAAGCACGUCUGCACGCCUGCGUCCGCGACAACGACAUAUCCAAGCUGCGAGAGCUCCUCCCUCUCCGCGGGACCGGCGAGCUUGAUCUCAACUACUGUGACCCAGACUUCGGCUCUGCUCUUCAAGUCGCUGUAUUAUGCGUUAACAUGACGGCGGCAGGCCUCCUCCUUGAUGCCGGCGCCAACCCUUGGGCUUUCAAUGGUUCUACUGAGCCGCAAACUUCGGCGCUUGACAUGGCAAUUCAAACGGGCAACCGUGAUAUGUUCACCCGUAUUUGUGAAAAGAUGGCCUUGGGAAUCGAUAAAAUUUCGCAACAGCGCUAUCGCAUCCUUCUAGACCGAACAGCCCUCAAUGGUCAGGCCGCCAUGGUCGAGGAUGUCUUGGGUUGGGCUGGUGGCUGGUCGGAAGCUGCCUUGGAGCACGCCCUCGAGAACGCGGUGUCGGGAUGGCACGUUGAAGUCGUUCGGCUUCUUUUGGACCGCUUCGAUUACUCGCCGCUAUGCAUCAGCUCAUCUCUCUGCCGGGCGGCCGACUUCAGGUCGGACCUGCUCGGCCAUCCUCGUGCAGAAUGCACUGGUUUGGAUUAUAUGGGCCAGCAACAGCUCAUCAGCUGCCUUGUCGGUGCAGGGGCCGAUCCAAACAGCAACCACGAGGAGGAAAAUAUAGUCAUCAAAGCGGCCACGUGGGUGGACUUGGUAGGAGCUCUCAAGGCACUCCUGGAAAACGGCGCUGACCCUAACCAACGGGGCCAUGAACGCGAAACCGCCCUUCAUUACCUAGGGUCACCGGUGCAUAUUAAGAAAGGCCCCAAGCGCUGCUUACACGAAACUGGGAUUCGAUUGUUAUUAAAACACGGUGCGUCCGUCGUAAUCCAGGAUGACCUUGGCAACACGCCACUGCACUACGCUGCGUUUGGAUCUAAUAUGCGCAUUUUCCGCCUCUAUACCACUGGCCUAGAUGUCGACAAUUCACACAGUGACGCCUUAAAAUCCAUUAAGAACUAUAGCGGGGAGACACUUCUUCAUUGGGCGGCUGCUGGCAAAAAGAUUGACACCUUGCGGUUUCUAUUAUUGUCCGGUGUGGAUGUCAAUGCUGCCAACGACAACGGCUGGACCCCCUUAAUGUGUGCCCUAGCCCCGUCAACCGCAAUAGAGACCUCUAUGCCACGCUAUUACAAAACACUGCAGGCGGCAAGACUUCUCCUGGACCAUGGAGCCGAUCCCCUCGCAUUCACAGCCGAGGGUUGGACGCCGCUGCACUGCUUGUCGCUUUAUCUGGACGACAGCGACGGCAACAACGAGUUGGGAGAACUUGCCAAGGAAUUUAUUAUGAAGGGUAUACCAGUUGAUGCUCGGGCUACCAUGUUGGCUAUUCCCACAACCUCUGGUCGCAAAUCACUUCGUGUGUCUAAUCGGGAGGUUGGCAUCUGGGGCUCCCGCGUCGUUGAACAUCUUCAGCCCAACAGCAACGAGUCGCCUGUGAUUAUAAAAGAUAGAACACCGCUGCACUGGGCCGUGUUCUACGGCGCUGUUGGCCUGGCGAGUGUCCUUCUGGAAAACGGAGCGGACGUGAAUGCUGUUGAUGAGAAGAACAAUCUGCCAGCUGAUCUGGUCAACAGCUCUCCAGUUCUACAGACGCAGGCAGAAUUACGUGCAAAGCUGACGCAGAUUUUAAUUGAUGCUACAAAGUCUAGUGUAGAGCACUCGCAAAAGCAACAGCGGGCCAUACAGGGAACAGAUGAGGCUAGAUUCAAGGGAAAACUUUUCUAUGAUUGA